AUGUCGACUAUUGAUCUUCUUCCAAAUGUCACUUCGUUUUCGAUAGGUGUCAUCUUGAUGGCACUGUCUUCAGUGUUCGCUGUCAUCCAUCGAGCACUGGAACGCUAUCGAGAUCCCUUGCGCGAAGUCCCUGGCCCAUUCUUAGCGCGUUGGACGUCUCUCUGGCUUGCAUACCAAGUACGCAUGGGCCGCCGGUACCUUGUCGUUGAUGCGCUACACAAAAAAUAUGGGCCCAUCGUUCGGAUCGCUCCCAACCAUGUCUCAGUCGCUCACAAGGAUGCCAUCAACGUCGUUUACGGACAGGGCUCUCGGGCCUUAGACAAGUCGCCGUACUAUCAUGCCUUCGUUUCGGACAAAGCUUCCAUAUUUUCUACCGUCGAUCGUCAGGAGCACGCCCAAAAGCGACGCCUCGUCUCUCAGGGAUUUUCAUACAAGUCGCUGAUGAGCGUGACACCGCUCUUGCAUGCGAAUCUUUAUCACUUCGUAGAGAAGAUAGAUGAGAUCAGCCAGCGCCCGGGCUCCAUCGACGUACUUCAAUGGUUCAACUUCCUGGCAUUCGACAUUCUCUCCGAUCUAGCAUUCGGGGAACCGAUUGGAAUGGUCACAAACGAAUCUGACGUAGUAACUGUGAUGUGCGCAGACGGCAAAGUCAAAGAAGAGAACGCAAUCUCGCUUGUAGACGAGAGAGAGCACUUGGCUGCAGUUGUUGGGAUACAUCCAUGGUUUAAAACUCUGUCCAAGUUCAUCCCCGACCCAUUUUUCAUUCGCGGCCAUAAAUCGUCGACCGGCCUUGUAGACCUCGCGCGUCGCCGUGUCACCAAGCGCCUAGAAUCCGGAUCCUACCGAGAAGAUAUCCUCAAUAAAUUGAUAGAAACUCGUGUUGAAGAGAGCGGCGCUUUAACUCCAGAGCAGGUUACCGAGCUGAUAGCAGAGACAGUUACACUUUUGAUCGCAGGCUCUGACACGACCUCAAACUCGAUUACCGCAAUCAUUCACCUUGUGCUCACACAUCCUCGUGUACACGAGAAGCUGCUCCAACACCUCCGGGAUGCUGUUCCAGAUAGUCAAGUCCCAAAGCACGAGGAUGUGAAAGACAUUCCAUACCUUACGGCGGUCAUCGAAGAAGGCCUGCGCUAUUAUGCGACAACCGCCAUUGGUUUACAUAGAUCUGUUCCUCGCGAUGGGGUGCUAUGUUUAGGGAAAUUCUUUCCAGAAGGGACGGAAAUGUCUGUUCCGGCUUAUACCAUUCAGCACGACCGCACGAUCUGGGGCGACCCAGAAAACUUCCGACCUGAACGCUGGCUCGAGGAAAAGGACUUGGGACGUUAUUUACUUACUUUUGGGAAAGGACCGAGACAAUGCCUGGGACGGAAUUUGGCUUACAUCGAGAUGCAACUGGUGAUAGCUACGAUGCUCCUGCGCUACGACCUCAAACUCGAAUCUGACAACCUCGAGACGACCGAAGGAUUCAUGCACAAGCCUCUCAGGAUGAUAGUAGAGGUCAAGCGGAAAGAGUUAGCCUGCUGA